GCCUUGAAGCAUAGAGAUCCCCGCCCUUUUCCACUGACAUUAUCGGUCUGACCCAUCGAUAAGGCAUUCUCCUCCUCCCUCAGUGCCCACGCCACAAAGUUUGUUACAUUCUGGAAGGGAUGCAGAGAGCGUCGGCGUGGAUCCGACAGUGGGAGAUGCAGGAAGUUUCAUAGCAGCAGCGACCGCAAGCAACAUUUGUUACAAAUAAGACCACCUCCCUGCGUGCACGCAACCUGUUCCGGAGCAACGCUGUCCCCAGUGCGACCUGCUACAGCCACGGACCAUGUCAGAGCACCGGCUGAUGGUAGAGGAACUCAACGAGCUACUAGCAAACGACAGCGGCUUUUACAGCCUCCCAGCCCAGCACUGCAAUGAAGUUUACUCCAGGAUAUAUGUGGGCAAUGCGUUUGUUGCACAAAAUCUUAUGAGGUUAGAGCGACUGGCGAUAACACAUGUGUUAAACAGUGCGGAAGGAAACUCAUUCAUGCACGUUAACACCAAUGCGGAGUUCUACGCAGGGUCAGGGAUCACGUACCAUGGAAUUAAAGCCAACGACACAGAAGCAUUCAACCUGAGUGCGUAUUUUGAAGAAGCUGCUGAUUUCAUUGACAAGGCCUUGGCACAAAAGGACGGACGUGUGUUUGUGCAUUGCCGUGAAGGAUACAGCCGUUCACCUACUCUUGUGAUUGCUUACCUCAUGCUCCGACACCAUAUGGAUGUCAAAACAGCUCUGUUAACCGUCCGUCAGAAAAGGGAGAUUGGUCCAAAUGAUGGAUUCCUGCGACAGCUGUGUCAGUUAAAUGAGAAACUAGUUAAGGAGGGUAAACUUAAAUCUUAACUAUUUUGGAAGUAGCCAGUGCCUGAUGGGAAUUAAUAGAUGCCUGAAGUCUCAGUGUACCAAAUGUUGUAUGUUGAAUUUAGGACUGGGACGAAGUUUCAUUGUUUCAAUAAUUUCUUCAGUGGGAUUGACUUUGUUCAUAGGAAUUUAGGAAAAGGUCAAGAUAUCAGCAAUCCAGCAUUAUGUUUAACAUAAUUUCAUUGUCUCCAAAUUCAAGGGCCCUUGGAAUCAGAUUGAUGCAUAUUGGUCUUUGGAGCUUUAUUGUUUUGGAUUGUAACGUAGGAACAUUUCUAGAUUUAUUGUGCUGAGUUACUGUAUCAAGUUACAGCUAAUGAUGUGAAUCAGUUAGACGCAGCCCAGUAUUUUAGUGCUCAGGUCUUGCAGUUAGCUCAUUUACUUGAGCUUGAUGCAGUUUUCAACUGAGUACUAUACGCAUGCACAUUUUCCUGUGUUACAAAGUUGCUUUAUUGGUGUACUUUAUUGGCUAUAAUACACCCUGUAAAGGAUGUGAAAGGUGCUAUGUAAAUGAAACUCUCUUUCUGUCUUUCACCUUAUCUGGUUGCUUGACAAGUUAGCACAUUGUGGAACAAAGUAUCAGCUCGCCAUUUAAUCAGCAUCAGAAUUGCAGGUGUUCCCCAGUCUUCCGUACUUUGGGGCUGAAUUUUUUUUCCUUGUGUGAAUGGAUGAAGAUCAAGUUCUUUAUACACCUUUAUACAAGGGAACCAGUAGAUAAUUACAUUUGUCCACAAAUGAAAAUCAAAAAAAAUGAGGGGACCCAGACUUCUGUUUUUCUUUCCAAAUAUGUUUCCUGCAUUUUCUGUUUUUAUUACCAUUUGUCUUUAGUUCAUCUAAGGGGAUAAAAACUCUCAUGAAUAUUUUGACCAAAUCAUUAGAAUGUUUUCUCCCAACUGAUGCAUAUACUAAGUAUAUGUUGCUGUGCAUGGUAAUAAAAGCAUUCUUGUAAUCAAUAAUGUGCAGGCAGUUCAUUCCCUUGGUCAUGGCCUGUUAAUGGGUUUGGAGUCCUUGAGCUGAAAUCAUUAAUCCCAAUAUCACUAUAAUAAUUUUGUGAACAAUUGGGUCCAGACCAGAUCUUGUGAUAUUUUUAUUUUCUGCUGCCCUCGACCCAGUCCCCAUUUUGAUGGUUUAUGAAGUACGAUACUUAACAAAUUUGUUGGAGAAUAUAAUCCCUUUAAUUAUCUUAAAGUUCCACCAAUAGCUCAAUGUGCUACUUUGUCAAUUCUAGAAAGCUUUGUUUCCAGCAGAGAGUAUUGUAAAAUGGAGUUGGUUUAGGUAGCAGGGAUACUUAAUGGACCUGCGGAAGAAAAUUGAAAAAUAGCUUUGGUCCUUGCCAUAUUUAACUAAUUUGCACUUGUAAGUUGUUGUAAUUAUUUCUAUGUCUGGAAAGUGUGUGUUAUUAAGACUGUAGCAAUAAGAUGCCUUUCAUAUUGUCAGUUGUUCAUGUAUGUUAUAUAAACUGUGUUCUUAACAUUACAGGCAUCAUCUGAAUUUAGCAUGAUCUAAACUUCUUUAUCAUCUCUCGCAUUGCAGCUCCUGUCAAAACCUUUGCUGUUUGCCUGCUUGAACAUUGUGCUAAACUGUUCAGUGUUCUUGGCUACCAGGUGCACAGAGAAAAAUCACUUUUAGUAGGUUAACAAGCUUGAAGUUCCAAAAGGCAUUUAGCACUGAAAACAAAGUAAGCUGUACCUUUAAUGUUGGGUCUGUCAAAAUAUGGGUUUGCCCAUUGGCUAAGUGGGUAUACACAAUCCAUGGUACAGCAGUGUUCUGCAUAAACUAUAAAAGUUUUGAGUUAGUUUAUUUGGCCAAGAGCAGGUGGGUACUAAAAAUUAUCCGUAGUAACUGAGCUGGGGAACAGAAGACUCCCAACUUCAAUUCACUUUCCAUAGGCUCAUGUUGGAAGGCCUCUAUUCAAAAUGUUGAGUAAAGAGCACAGUAAGGUAUAAGUAGCUCAGUUAGGCUACUGAUUGUUGCUCGCACAUAAAGAAUUAUUACUUGGGAGGUAUUGCCCCCAGAACCCAUGUAAAUGCACACCAGUAUGCCCGAUUAAAGGAGGAAAAUGAGAACAGUUUGGAAGGUGUGAGAAAGUGAAAGUUAAGGUACAAUUUUAUUUGGCCUGUGAUGUUCAUUUUACUUGACUAUCAUGUUUUUAUUGUGUAGUUUCUGUAUUUAAUUCAUACGAGGCUCUUGUUGGUUCACAUUGUGUCUGAAAAUCCCAUGCAUUGGACUUCCAGCAUGUUGAGUAGAGCGAACAAGCUGCAAACAGUGCAGGGCUGGUUUGGGACCUUUCUUUUGUCUUCCAAAGAUCUGUGACUAUUACAUUUACAACAUAUUCCCCUCGUUGCCCAACAAAAGAAAGAUGAAUGAUUGCUGCUACUUGCAGAUAUGAAUAAAGAUUGAAGUUAAUCACUUAUGAUAAUAUAAGAAAGAAUGCAAAUGUUCUGGGACUUGGUACCAAGUUUGUCUGGCAGGCAAUUGAAGACUACCUGUCAUUUACCACUUUGAAUUUAUGGGUUUAUAUUAUGUAUCUGAGAGGAUAGAGAAAAAAUAUAUUGAGUUAAUGCUGCAAUAGUUAAAACAUGGGGUAAAUAUUACUCACAAUUGUGUAGAUCCUGUUGUGUGGGAGCUUUUUUGACUGUUCCUAAUAUUGAGAUUUGUUGCACAGUAUAACCACCAUUCUGCAAGAAAAGCCCCUUGUUCUCUGUGGAGACUAAAAGGAAGGAGUUGUAAUGAGAAUUAUAGCAUAAUUCAACCAUCAUUAUUUUACUCAACUUACCAGGGGAAGAAAACAUUAAUGAGCAAAGGAAAUGUUAACAGGGACUGAUGUGAUAAGAUACCUUGCUCUCUGUGAAAAGUGGCAAAUAUUUGGAGUGUGGGUAACAGAGUUUUUACUGUUCUUGUGUUUAUAUUAUAAAAGUAGGUCUUUUUCAGUUUUUAUCGAUGUUGGGCAAAAUUGGUUUAUUUUGAUUAUCAAAAAUCUUCACAAGGUGCAUCGCUUUAGUCUCUAUAAGCACAACUUGCUGAACGUAUUGAGAACUUUUCCAAACCAUGUUGUAAGAGAAUGUGAUUUGAAUGCUGUAACAACAUCCACGUCAGCCAGCACACUAUUCCUGUCAUUUCUGAACUUGUCAUCAGAGUAGUUAAAUGGGAAACUUACAGUAGGAUUGCCAUUUACCUCAGGGCUUUCAUCAAGGCUAAUGGCUUUCUAUAUUGCUCACUGUCCUUGCAAUGCAUCACAAAUCAUUUCCAAAACCCUCCAGUAACUGCAUGCUAUAAAUCUGGCAUACAUAUGGUGGAGUUCUCACUGCUGGGGUUCUCUGGUGUAAUAAGCUUAAUUUUGCAUACUUGCUCACUAGGGACCCGAUCAGCUUGAUUCAACAUUGUCCGGAUUGCAGGACUGCUGAACAGAUUCAGACAGCCUCCUCUUGUGUUUCCAUUCAUUUUCGUUGUAGUUCUAUGGUGACAUCUGUACUGUGGGAGGAGUUGAGACUGGAAGUUUAAACUUUAUAUCUGAUGUACUAUGUGGAUAUUCUGCAAUCCAACAGUUCAGAAUUCCCCUCAAUUAUUUCUUUGGCAUGCCUUUCAUUUUCUUUAACAUAAAUAUUCAUUCUUUUAUUUAACCCUGUUUCUACCUGCACUUUGACCCUUCUGUACUUUUCCAACUCCAUCAUGUCACUGACAACGACACAUCUCUAAGACAUGAAAAUCAACAAACUGCAGAUGCUGGCAAUCUGAAAUCAAAACAGAAAAUGCUGGAAACACUCAGUAGGUCAGGCAGCAACUGUGGAAAGAGAAACAUACCUGAAAUGUUAACACUGUUUCUCUUUCCACUGAUGCUGCCUGACCUGCUGAGUAUUCAUCAACUUCUGCUCUUAACUUCUGAACACAAAUGGUAUUUGUCAGUAGUCAGUAUUAACUUGUUGAACUGAUUUUGACAAGUGGACUUUCGAAGAUGUUUCCUAAAUUCUUUUGGUUAAAACUGAAAAAUUCAAUGGCUGUUUAAAAGUUACACUAAUUAUUCUUCACAUUUGACCUUAAAUAAUGUUUUGCUCUUCUCAGCCACAUGGAGGGAGAACAGUUUGUGAAAGGUUGCCAGAGAUUUUUUAAAAAAAGAUGUUUCCCUAAAGUUGAAGUCUCUGAAGGGUGAAUGUAUAUAAAUGUUUGACCAGCACACUGUAUUUUACAGUAUUUUACUUCUCAGAUAUUAUAGCAUAGAGUUAAGCUUCAUGAUCUAGUCUUGGAGUUCCUCAAAUCACAAAGAAAUCUUAGGUGAUUAAUAUUUAACCCUCACAAUUUAGAGACAGUCCUGGAUCAUCGCCAGUGCAGUUGAGUGUUCACAGGUUGGGAAUAAUAGGUAGAAACAGUGGUGUGUUAGGAGCGACCAGUGAUUUACAUUGCCUGGAGUACACAGGAUGGGGCACUGAAUUCAGUGGUUGAUCAGGCUUAGGUAAACUUUUCUUGACUUUCUGUAUAUUGUCUUUGUUCACACAGCUUAAGGCAUUAGGAAAUAUUGGGAUUGUUACUACAGUUGUUUUCCUUUUCUUGGUUGGUAAUUGCACAACCCAUUGGUACCACUGAGCUGUGUCAACCAGGAAAGUCCCAUAUUGAAGCAGAAAACAAACCGCUGAAGGAGCUCAGUGGGUUGAGCAGCAUCUGUGGAGGCGGGGGAGGGGAGGAAUUGUCGACAUUUGGAGUCAAGACCCUGCAAGAGGACCGAGAGUGGAGAGGGAGGGGUGGGACAGGAGCCAAUAGGUGAUUACCAAUGGGGACCUCCAGCAGAUUGUUCUUUUGCUCCAGAUUCCAGCAUCAGUAAUCUGUUCUGUCUUCAAGUCCCAUAUUGGGUUCCCAGUGUUAGUAUGUCAGUCAAGGUGACAGUGGAGCUCCGGGGUUGACCUCAGCACGUGAGGCCAGGGAGAGACAAGAAAGGUCAGCUAAGGUUGGACAAGAUAUCAUCAGGCACCCUAAAGUGAGACUGUACUUACUGAACUGGAUAUUGUGUUAUGUAAAGAAAUGUUAGCAGAGCAUGUUGUCAUACUUAAGGAUGGUGACCUUUGCACAGUGGCAUAGAUAUUCAGGACAAUGUUUGCGAGUUUUACAUGAAAUAAUUGGGAAAAUCUGGCUCUUCGAAUCGCCCGUAGAUAGAUAUCUUUAAGUAUUUUCCCCAUGCUAGAGAUUGCCUUGGGUCCUCCAUCACCACACCAACCCCCACAUCCCCUCAACACCACGUAACCUCAGCACCUCCCCAGCAGUUCAUAACAAUUAUCACCGCCUGCACUGCCACUGCCUACCAAUUGUAAACCUCUCUACUCACCUGAUGUGUUGACUUUCCCUGGGUAUCUCUCCAACUCUGCCUCCCCCACACUCCCCAACCUCCUUGCCAGCAGCCCAUCCACAACAUACUUAAACUCCUACACACACACUGCAGUGGCAUUAAACUUGCAAGGCCAAUCCUUUUGUGGCACCUUGGUUCCCCUGCAGCAUUAAACAUGUAUUGUCUGCUUCCAGGGUCUUUCCCAGCACAGAAUAGUAUUUCUUGGUUUAGUGGGGUUAAUCAGUUUAAAUUAAAUGAGCAGCACUGCUUAAUGUGUUUGAUAAUCUUCCCCUGGUAACCUUAAUGGUCUUAACUCAUGUUUUUGUAUACAAAAUAUUAAGAGGGAUAGAUAGAGUAGACAGCCAGCACCUCUUUCCCAGGGCACCAAUGCUCAAUACAAGAGGGCAUGGCUUUAAAGUAAUGGGUGGGAAGUUCAAAGGAGAUAUCAGAGGGAGGUUUUUUACCCAGAGAGCGGUUGAUGCAUGAAAUGUGCUGCCUGGGGUAGUGGUGGAGACAGGUACGUUUGUCAAGUUCAAGAGAUUGUUAGAUAAGCAUAUGGAGGAAUUUAAAAUAGGGGGCUAUGUGGGAGGAAGGGGUUAGAUAGUCUUAGGUGUGGUUUAAAGGUCGGCACAACAUGGUGGGCUGAAGGGCCUGUAUUGUGUUGUAUAGUUAUAUGGUUCUAUCGUAUGUUUUACAGUGGUAGAUUAGGCAAGGGUGCAAAGGGUUUAAACUGCACUGCUGUAAUUUCAGGGAGGCAGCAGUUCAAAGUUAUCUGACAGUGAAGAACAACAGAUGAACACGAGGUUUAUCUGAAAGAAAUGACUAAGAUCAGGGAAUAAUAAAUAACUAAAUGGGAAGUUGCAAAUAGCUGCAGAUUUUAGAGUUUUUAUUUUACUUAAUUAGUUGCCACAGUCAAUAAAAGGGGCCAAUUUUAUUUAUUCAAGUUCCUUUGUAUGAUCUCUGAUUUUCACAGUCCUACAACGUGGCAUCCAGGUUAUCCUUAAAUUAUUGCUGAAUGAUGUACUCCAGUAUGUAGGUGAAUAUGUUUUCCAUUUUAGCUGCAUUGUAAAAGGGUGGUUGACUUCAGAUGUGCUGCGAGAAAUAGUUUGUCUUCCCUGUUGAUAUUUGCUAAUACUGUAACAUUAAAUGGAUAAAUAUACUAAAACUACAUUCCUUCACAUCACAAAAAGGAAUGAAUUCUAAAUAAAAGAAAACACUGGAGAUUCUAAAACUAUAAGUAGUUACAAGGGUUAAUCAAUUUGCUGAGAAAGCAGUUGAUUAAAAUCUAUAUGUUGCAUGUCUUACUUCUGCUAACCUUGUGAAGGUGGUUGUUAACUCUUAGAAAGCCAAUCACAGUCGAAACUUGGCAGCUGUAAUUGUCCAGCUUGCUCAGAUGAGUAUGGGGCAGCAGACGAUCACAACCAGAAGAGAGAUAAUAGGAUAAUUUGCUGGGGGGUAGAUAUUUCUGUUAAAACAAUUAUAACAUUAUGAAGAGAAUAUAAUUUUAAUGAUGAAGGUUGCAGGUCAGAUGCAAGAAUGCACACUAGGGGCAAUAAUGUGCUUGCUUAUAUCAUGAUGUUUAGUGAAGCAGAGAUAAUAAAUUGCCUGUGAAACAGACCAUUAAAUUUAUGCUAAUAUUUGUCAGUUUACAAUUCAGACCAUAGUUUCUCCCUUUAUUCUGUCUGGUUUGCAUUAUUAUCAAUGUUAACUGAGUGUACUUUAUGAUAUAUAUAUAAAUUAUAAUAUAAAUUACUUUCUUCCAGUAUAAGACUCUAUUGCUGCAGGAGGAGGCUUAUAUUACUAAUUGAAAUUCCCAACAGCAUGCUAUUGGGAUGGUCUAAUUAUGGUCUGAUUUUGUCUUCCUCUGCCAGAAAAGUCAUCCAAGAUGAUUGCAAAGAUUCUUAAUGUCAGGAAAUUCCUGUCAUUGUAAUUUCAAGAGGGAACUGCUCCUUAAUUUGUCCAAAAAGCAGUGAUCUUCUGUAUGACAUGAAUGAAGUUGCACUGCUAGGACAGAAUUUGAGUACGAGCUUACAACUGUAGAUAAUUUAACAUUUUGCUUCCUUUGCAUUUUCCACACUUUCUCUUAAUUUAAGGACAGGAUAUGUGCCGAUAAUGAAGGCUUCCAGAUAAUGAUAUAUAGAUGAAUUUGAUAUGCCUGAUGUUUGUGUUAGAUUCAGACUUGCUGAAGACUAUUUGCUGAUCCUUUGUUGAAAAUUGCAAGUAUAAUUUGGUAAGAGAAGUGCUAACUCUGGCAUUAGUUUUCCAUUUGAUCCAUUUCUCCCUGGAAUCCUGAUCUUUACAACUCCAUCUGAUCUGAGGCACGUUAAUUUCCUAUUUACAACACUGGUUUACAGUGGAAUAAGAUCAGUUUUUUUAAGUUAAAACAAUCAGAUAGAAAUAGUAGGAAAUAUUACAUUGGUACGAGACAAUUGAUGAGAUUAUUUCACAAGUGUAAAAAUCACAUACAGUCAUUUCUUGACGUACAAAAGGAAGGUCUUUCUGGAGAAUAUUUCAUUAAACAAAAUUAUGUAAACUGAAAAUGGUGGGCAAAAUGCUUUAUGGGUACUUUGGCACAGGAUAUUUCUGUGGGUGGACAAUGAAGUGUUGUUCAUUGUAGCAAAAAAUAGAUCUAUUAAUUGAAAGCACAUACACCCCCAAAGAAUCGUGGAGUUACAGUGAAAAUCCAUAAAUUGAACAUAAUGCAGUAGGUUAGAGUGAAAUAAUUGAUUAUGGUCUUGAUAAUCUUGUCCUGCUGAGGUUUGGCCAGUGACUUGCAAAGUAGAUGCUUUUCCAUGAAAAACUGGUAUCUUUGAAACAGUUGGAGUGAUAGUUUUUGUGAAUAUCACAUAGGAUUUCAUGUCUGACAGCUCAGUCUGUGGUACAUCAUCAAAAUUAAAUUUGGUUGUAAUUCUUCAGUAUUCUGAUAAUUCAGUCAUUACCAUUAUUAGCAUCAACACAGGUAAAACCAACAGCAAGGAAGGAGGUUAAAAAAGGAAGUGGAGAUGGGCAUGUCAGGAUUCGCAUGAAUCACCAUAAAAAAAACAAGCUGAUUUUUUAAAAAUCUAAAACAAAACAAAGCAAUAUCACAGGAUCACAAGACAAGGGAGCAGAAGUAGGCCAUUCAGCCCAUCGAGUCUGCUCCAAGGAAAAGGGCAAAAGAAAAAGAAAUGAGAAAUGGGGGGGGGGGGGGGGGGGGAGGAAAAAAAACUAUUCUAAUCCCAAUUUCUGGCCUUAUCCCCAUAUCCCUUGAUACCCCGACUAUUUAGAUAUCUAUCUAUCUCUUCCUUAAACGCCUCCAAUGAUGUGGCCUCCACUGCUGUACGUGGCAAGGAGUUCCACAAAUUCACCACCCUCUGGCUAAAGAAAUUUCUCCUCAUCUCUGUUUUGAAACUGUACCCUCUAAUUCUAAGAUUGUGCCCUCUGGUCCUGGACUCACCCACCAAGGGAAACAGCCUAGCCACAUCUACUCUGUCCAGUUCUUUCAACACUUUAACUGUCUCUAUGAGGUCCCCUCUCAUUCUUCUGUACUCCAGUGAGUACAGUCCAAGAGCCGACAAACGCUCAUCGUAUGUAAGCCCUAUACUGCAGAAACUGAAAUAUGAAAUAGAAACAGAGCUAGAAACGGAGUUAGCAUUUCAUGUUGUUGGGAUUUCAUCAGAAACGUGAAUAGUUGGGGAAGAACUAGUCAAUGACCAUCAGUCAUCAUGCAGAGACCCAACAUAAAAUUGCUAUUUGGAAUUCAGAAUUGAUACCAAGCUGAGAUUUUGUCAAGGUUUCACUAUCCUAGUCAUUGUUUGUGGCAAGCACAGAGAUUCAAUUAAACUCCUUUAUUGAUUUUUGUGUUAUUAUUGUAAAUCUUUGGUGGCCACAAAAUGAUGUUAAUAACAAGUCAGCAGAGAAGGACUAUUCUUUAUGGAAUUGAGAUCAGAGGUAGAAAUUUGUGUUCAGUUGUAUACAAUGCUGGACAUAUAUUAUUGACAGUUUCCCUGUUCCAUUGUGUAUCUGGUACAUGUGACCAAUGAUGAAUUUGUUCCCAAGGUCCUCUACAUCUAACGCUUUCAGACUUGGAAACAGUUAACUCUCCAGGUAUUAAUACAGAGAGAGACACCUUAGCAGUGGCCUAGAUGAUGAUAGAGAUGAUUGUGGUAAAAUGAAUUUGAUUAAGUCAGAGCGAGAGGGAAGAACUUCUCUUUAAGAUCCUUUGGUCAAUCAGUUUUACGAAUAGGAAAAUGAACUGUAGACUAUUAUUCUUCAGCACGAUAUCUCAAUAGACUCUUCACCAUGACGCAGGUCAGGGUUCAACAACCAUGACACCAAUUGAACAAGAACGAAAAAAAUAAACAAUUGGCAUUUCCAUAACAUAAGAUAAAAUAUCUUCCUUAGAACCAUAUCUCAGGUGGCUCUCUAAAAUGGACACGACUCCCUUUCAAAAAUCCUAUAUUGAGGAAGCAGCUUAUUAUAAAGUUAGACAAAAGACUGAUCACUAGUGUCAAAUCUGAGGAGCAAGGGUCAAACCCAUGAGCAUGCUUUGUCUUCCAGGUGGCUUUGUUUUCUUCCCCCCCCCCCCCCCCAAAUACCAGGUCCAUUUAACAAUGAAGUUUGUUAUAAUUUUCAUAGAAACAGCACAUCUUCUUUAGGACACUGUGUGGUUUAAUUGCCAGUAUUUUACAUGAAUGGAAUAAUUUUUCAGAUUCAUUUUCUUCCAGAGUAACUCAAUGUACAUUGAUAUGGGUGAAGAACAUUCCUGAAUCUCACAACUUAAGUGAGAGGUCCCCUGAGCUUCAGUUUCCCUUGGAGACACAAGAGACUGCAGACAGUCCAGAUGAAGGGUCUUGACCCAAAAUGUCGGCUGUUCAUUUCCCUUCAUAGAUGCUGCCUGACCCACUGAGUUCCUCCAGCACAUUGCGUGUUGCUUCAGUUUCACUUAGUUGUUGGUUUACAAAUAAUGGAAAAUUAAGUAAAAAUGUGCUGAUCCAAGUUCAGAUUCUCCCCCCAUUCAAACUUGACAAGUGGAAAAUUCAUCCCAUCUUUUCCACUGGAACUUCAUUUUUUUUGGCCAAAUCCAGAGGAUCUCUUGUGACCCAUCCAGCACUCUUCGAGAGCUCUUCUGCUGGAGACAAUGUCAUCUUAACCUACAGCUCUUUCAGUGCUAUUUUUCUAUUUAGCUUCAAUUCCUCUUCCUUUGUGAUCUCUUUCAGAGGUUGAGCAUCUUCUGCAUUGAUGUGCAAUGAAUGUGAGAAAAUCUUCCAGAAAAUAGGGCUUGGUUUAAGAGGAAACAUGUUCAAAUGGCAGAGAUAUUAAACAAGAUAAACAAUUUCCUUCCCUCCCUCCAAUAAUUUGUAAAGCUGUUUGGAAUAAUCCCAUCAUAUUAUGUAUGUUACAUAAGCUUGAAGUAUGUGCAUAACCCCAACAUAUAAUUUCAUAAGUUUAUAGUACAUGCCUUGUACAAAAUAAAUAUUUCUUGACAGAUAUAUUUUGGACAGAAAUGCCAAAUUAUUUCAUCUCUAGUGUAGCGGUUAGCAUAACACUAUUACAGCGCCAGAGACCUGGGUUCAAUUCUGGGCAUUGUCUGUAAGGAGUUUGUAUGUUCUUUCCGUGUCUGCGUGGGUUUCCUCCCACAUUCCAAAGACGUACAGGUUAGGAAGUUGUGGGCAUGCUAUGUUGGCACUGGAAAUAUGGCAACACUUGCGGGCUGCCCCAGCUCAGCGCAAAAGAUGCAUUUCACUGUGUGUUUUGAUGUACAUAUGACUAAUAAAGAUAUCUUAUUUAAAUAAUUAGCCAUUUCUCCUGCGUAGUCAAUGUAUUACCAUGAGGAAAAAAUUUUCAAACUGGCGGCUAACCAAGUAUGGUGACAUCUCAGUAUGCAUGACCAGCUUUAAUUGUACUUUUUUAAUGCAAGUGUGGUGAAUUUGCAAGUCAUUUAAGAUGUAGGCAAAGAGGUCCAGCUCUGUAGGCUUUAAUAAUAGUGCAUUGCAACCAAACCAGAUGCCAGUCAUUGAAUUGGAGGAGCCAAAGGAUAGCUCUGGUGAAAGCUUACUGGUUUUCAAUGAGUACAAGUGUUGAUUAUUGAAGUCAAAAUUAAAGACUUUCAUGAGGUAGCCAAAGUAAAAGCCCUUUACAUCUGAUCAGAAGUAUUAAGGGCCAUGGAAGGUGGUGGAUGAAGGAUUAAGCUCAACAUGCUGCAUUUCGGGAACAGGUUAGUGCUUCCAUUGUGGGACUCUACAAGCCUAGGAGGCUGAUAGGAAUGUAUCUUCUCCAGGCUUUUGGUACCAUAUACAAGUCAGAAUUUCCACCUUGAAUACAAGUGUCUUCUGUAAGCAGGAAGCAGAGGCUACGUGCUGCCAUAUAAAAGUAUAUUUUAAAGAAAUGAGGUUUAUAUGUUUCAGAGGCUUUACACUUGAAGAAAUCCUGUAUAUAUUUCUGAGUUUCUGUAUUUAUUUCUGAAUGUUAAAAAAAUUGUAUGUUUUGACAAAAAAAAUCCUGAAAUCUCUUGUAAAUGUACUUGCCUUGAGAUCUGUCUUUUGUUUUUGUUUCUGUUUAAAAAUAAAAAGGCAAAAUUCUGGC